AUGGAUGUUGAAACGUACAAUGACGGUGGCUAUAACGCCACUCUGCUCAUAGGUGAGUCCGAAAGAAGUAGUGCCAAAAGACGACGACAAGAAGACUAUAAGCAGGAUUUAGAAUUACAAAUGAGAGAGAAAAAUGCUGCAAGACAAAGAGAAAAGUUACAAGACAUGCGAGUUAAUGCUUCUGGAUGGCUUGAUCCUGAGAAAGGUCCUGAACGUCUCAAACCUCUUGGCGGUCAUGAUUUCAUGACGACUAAGAGAGUUCGAGAGUCUCGAGCUAAACCAUACCAUACAUUGUUUGCUCUCGAUCAACCCAGGAAGCUGGUAGCAGGACAAGCAACAAUUGUAGAGCGACCACAGGUUCAGGUAGUAUCACCUCCUGUAGAAAGACGUAGACCUCCUCUUAAAAUCAUUUCUCCUAGACCCAGAGUCAAUAAGAUAUGGGCCAGAGAAAGGGGAGCACGGUCUCCAAUGGCCAUGCCAAAUUUAACAGUAAGAGACCAUUCUCCACCUCCGCCCCUUCAUGUCAGGGCUUCGUCUGUACCUGCCAUGCAAUUAAUAGAGCCUCCUAGAAGGUCUUUUGACAUUCAUCCUGGCAUAUUUUACCAACCGCCUGCAUAUCCUCAACAACCUAUGGGCAUGUCGUAUCAACCUAUGUAUGAUAUGCCAGCAUCCGCACCAGUAAACCUAGUCCCACCUUUAACUAUCAAUCAGACCAGUCCUCGACCAUUAAUUAUCAACCAUCAACCAAUAGAUAGUGGUCAUUCACCGAGGUAUAACCCAUUUCAAAAUGAUUCUGGUAUCAUAGAACUAAAAUCAGUUCUCCAAAUGUCCAUGAAAGAACGUGCCAGGAUAUCAGAAAAGAGAUUUAUAGAUUUAGAUAAAAAGUUGGAAAAUGAAAGAAUGAGGGCACGACUAGAAAGAGAAAAUGCAGACCACCGAAGAAAAUUAGACAGAGAUAGAGAAGCUGAGAUGCGCAGAGCCAGAGAUCAGGAAGCAGAGCAUCGCAGAAGAAUGGAAGAACUAAGAAGAGAAGCUGAAGAACGAAGACGACAAGCAGAACGAGAUAGACGAGAGGCAGAGAGAUUACGACUUUUAGCUCUUCGUCAGCCUAGACAGGAAGCCGCGCCAAACCCAGAUAUAAGAAUAAUUCAACCCAAAUCUCCCGAUCUGUAUGAUAUUAGAUUGUAUCGCAAUCAACUGCGGGAAGAAAGGCGAAAAAUAGAGGCACUACUUAACAGAAAGUCUGAACCUAAUAAAGGAAUGGAUUUAAGAGUAAUAAAACAGAAAAGACAACAAUAUGCUUUACCAAAAACACCAUCGACUGCUGAUUUAGCUAAUAGACAAAAUGUAGCUAUAUUUACAGAUCUAAAACAUAGAGAAAUACCAGCUCGUAAAGUGUUUAGAGGAAUGUUCCCCGAGGUGCCGUACACUAAUAAAAAGUUAGAAUGGCAACAAGCAGCUUUAUUAAAACAACAAGAACAAACUAUACGUGGCCUGCAAGAAUAUCAGAUAACAGAAGAACAUUAUGAUGAAAAAGAAAGGAGAAGGAAAUGGCUAGAAAUGUAUCCAUGGACACCAAACAUAACGACUGGUCACUAUGGAAGAAUUCAAACCUCGAGAAGUUUAGAUGGUUAUGGAGAUAGAUCAUAUCGAUCUUAUGAUGAUUAUGAUACUGAUGGUUUACGACUAAGAGGACAUCGGUAA